GUUGCAAAGAAAAAAAAAAAGAGUCUUCUUCUUUAUCAUCAAAAUCAAAAAUUCUCCACUCUGCAAUUAUAAUAAAUCAAAAUUCCAAAAUUCGAAUUCUACCCCAUCAGGAAAGAUGAUGCACAUGACAUUUUACUGGGGCAAAAACGUCACAAUCUUAUUCUCAUCAUGGAGAACUGACUCAUGGCUGAGUUAUGCCAUAAGUUUACUGGUUUGUGUUGUUUUCGCAGCUUUUUAUCAAUACUUGGAAGAUAAAAGAUUGAAAUUGAAGAACAUGGAGCGCGCUAAGAAAUCUCCAUCAUCAACGAUUGAGACCCCUUUGUUGAUACCGAUUCUUGGUAAGAGAAAUCUUGGGAAGAGAUUCUGGUUGGGUUUGUUGUUUGGGGUUAAUUCGGCGAUUGGGUAUCUGUUGAUGUUGGCUGUUAUGAGUUUUAAUGGUGGGGUUUUUAUUGCUAUUGUUGUUGGAUUAAUGAUUGGGAAUGUGUUGUUUAGAUGUGAUGAGGAAGAUGAAGAUUUGAGUUUGGAUAAUCCUUGUGCUUGUGCUUGAUUUUCUUUUUUCUUCUGAAUUGGGGGUUUGGUGUUUUUUUUUCUCUGUAUAGUGUGAGUCAGAUUCUGACUGGGGGUUUGAAGAUGUUCUGUACUUUACUGAAAUUUAUGAAUAUAAUUUCUGGGUUUGUGUUUAAUUCUGAGAUCUCAGUGUGUUUUUCUUCCUUUUCAUUGGAGUUAUCAUCUCAAAUGUGGAUGAAUUGGAGGGUGAAACUGAAAUUGCGCAACUAAUGGAUAUUUUGAGUCAGACUCUGAUUGGGUCUGACUAGGGGGUUGAAGAUGUGUGCUGCAAUAGAUUUAUGUCCUUUGAAUAACAUAUAUACUUUCUGGUUUGUUUGAUCAAUUAUGUGAUUUUAUUGUAUGUUUCUUCUAAUGUUGCUGGAGUUUAUCGUCUGAAUUUGAGGGUAAAUUUGUAAUUGUGUAAUGAACCAAUUGUUGAAUGACUUUUUUCU